AGCAUGUAGUAGAGGCAGAAUAAACUCAACAUACUGUGAGACUCGGCUGUAUACGAUGUAAUGUGCAUGCAGCAGUAAAGCAAUACGUACAGUUACAGUGUUACGUGCAGUUAUACAAAGGUAUUUCGUCUAGCUAUACAGUACAUAUCCUAUAAUAGCGAAUAAUUUUCCCAGUGCAUUGUACCUGUUACAAACUCAAUGGUGCACGCACGUCAACUUUGCUAGAGCAUCUUGAAUUGCCGUACAUUCUUGCAUGUUAGCGGCUAAGCGUAUCACUUUGGGGCACAAAACCUCCCAUGCCCUGAUGGUGAUUUCUUUUCCCUGGAUGCGGCUAAAUUCCCUGACUAACUAAUAAUGUAUAAUUAUACAUGUAUGUAGUUAUUGUGCUGAAAUAGUACAUGUACCUCAGUUGGCUCUGCCAGUGGUGGAUAUUUGGCCACAAUGUCCAGUAUAGGGGUUAUGCUCUCCAAUAUGUCAGUUCGGCGAAAGCCGAAUGUCUUUAACAUGAGACUUUUUGUGAUCUGGUCAGAUAAAAUAGUAAUCAUGACAAUUAUAAUAUAAAUUGCAAUCACCUCCUGAUUGGAGUUGUGUCUUUUGUUGCACUCGAGUGUUAGUCGCUUUAUGUGCCGUUCAAAAGCAGGCCUAUCCUCUGAGAGGUGUGGUGUCAUUGAAGGAGCACUAGGAAAAACGAUUUUUGUCCCUACUCCUGCUCUCGUUUUCCCGUUCCCCCUCUUUUCCCUGUCUGGUUUCCGGACAUAGUUCAUACGGAGUUAUAUGUCUUGUGCAAGAACUUUCUACAUAAUUAGAUAAACCAAUAAGGCCAUCUCAGAAAAUAUGCCUAUAUACAUGUACAACGAAAUAAAUAUUUUAUGUUACUGUUGCUAUGUAGCUAAACCAAUGAGUGUGAUAAUUAUAGCUUAGGAUUGUAUAAUAGUAUGAUUGGGAUAUUUUAGUGGCAUAUACGUACGUGUCUUCCCAGAAAUGGCCAUUUUUUCACUGCUUGGAGUGCAACCUCCUGAUAUUCGUCAGACAGUGGCCGGGAUUUAUGUUGAAAAAUAGCUUCUGCAAUCGUAUUUUGUUCUGUUUCUUCCAAUCAAUACGCCCUUUUUGAUGCUUUCCAUGAUGGUUGCCUGAAAAUUUUCAGGCAAAGGAAGCGGCCGUGCAUGGGAGUGGCUUUUCCUGAGGUCUCUUUGAGCUGAUUCUUGUUUCUAUUUUUUUUUUUUGGUGUUUCCUAGUGCAUAUAAUAAUAAUAAAAAUGCAUUGUAUACAAACACUGUACCUGAUCUAGUGGAGUUGACGCCUCAAUAGGUGUUGUGUCCAGCAUAGAUGUUGUGUCCAGCUGUAAUUAAGUAAUGUAUACUGUAUAUAGCUAGAAAUGUUUGCGGCCCAAAAGUUCUGUGAAUAGCUGUAAAAAGACCUUUAAUUUGCGGAUAAUAUUUCUGCGUUUACUCAUUCAUUCGAAUUUUUGGGCCAUAGAAAUGUUUAGCUCUACAGUAUAUACAUCUAGUAAUUAAUACAUUAUUAGUUUUACCUGUUGUGAGGUCAACCCGCUGCUGUACGUGCUGUCAUGUUGAAUUUCAUCAUCAGACAACUGCCAAAUGCAUAAUUAAGUAAAUUUGACUUCGUAAAUCAAUUUUGUGAGAUGAUUACCUCGAUUCUCUCGCUAGUACUAUAGCUAGUACUAGCGUCCCCCUCGUACAGAGUCUGUAAAAAUUAAUAAUUUAGAACGUGACAUUCAUUUGAUAUAUACUACAUGUUAUUACCUGAUUCAGGAAAGAGUCCCCCAUGCCUGAUACUGAUGGUGUGAGUAUACAAGUGCCUAUAGUUAUGAUAAUUAAGCCAAUGUUUUCUUACCAUGUUAGUAUUAUUCCGGAGAAUAAUCGUAACAGUUUUGUAUGUGGUCCAACCUUCGGUACCAGCAUUCUAAUUUGGUCGUCAGGCAGCUCCAAGAACACCUCACCAUCAAUUUCUUGCUCUAUAAUAAUUAUUAUAUGUAAUAAUAAUUCUACAAUGUAAAGUAUGGCUAUAUGUCACAACUGCAUACCGUACUUAUUUGAUUUAAAGCGACACUAAAAAUAAUUAUGAAGCCAGAGGUCGUUUCCUUUGGAGGUUGAAAAAUUAUGUUGAAGUUCUGGUGUCGCAUAUUUAGAGGGUCGCAUAUAAUUGGAGGUUAUUCUUCUGUCCUCGAUUAUAGGCCACUUAAAUUACAUUGUUUCUUGCCAUGCUAAGAACUGACGCAGUUUGUGAACAGGUGAUGUUAUUGCUCAGUCUUACGUGACUUGUGCGUAACAUACGUUUUAAUAUUGCAGGUGUUGAAUUCACAUUUUGCCCCUGGUGAAGUGAUCAGUGACUUCUGUGACGGACAGAAAUUCAGCUCACCAAACUCUCUUUUUUUCAAAGAUCCCUGUGCUUUGCAAAUACAGCUGUAUUAUGAUGAGCUUGAGGUGUGCAAUCCGCAUGGGAGCAAAGCUAAGAAACACAAGCUAGGUAAGCCAGUCUUAAUUUAUAUAUAUGUACACAUCUAUACAUGCAUGUGCGUACGUUACAAUUAGGUCUGGCCUACUAUUGUCUGGGAAAUCUACAUCCCAAGUAUCGCUCCUCUCUGAGCUGUAUUCAGCUGCUGUUUGUCACAAAGUACACCAGCAUUGAGAAACACGGCUACAACCUCCUCUUUAAACCUAUCGUGGAUGCUGUGCUUGAUUUAGAAAAGGAUGAUGGUGUCGUAUUUGAACGUGACGACGGUACUGAGAUGGCGCUUCGAGGCACUAUCACAACAUUCUCAGCUGACAACAAGGCAGCAUGGAGCAUUGCAGGCUUCAAGGAUCUCGGUAGGGCAUUUCGGAGGUGCCAGUUUUGUCUAGCUGUUAAUGAAGACAUGCAGACCAAGUUUAUUGAGAGUGUGUUUACCGUUCGAAGUAAAGAGAUCUAUCAUCAUCAUUGUGAAUCAUUAGGAGGCCCUCUUCACGAGCAUAUGGCGACAACAUACGGAAUGUGGAGAAAUUCUGAGCUUAACAGGUUAAAAUACUUCCAUGUCACCACUGGAAUGGUAUCAGAUAUUAUGCACGAUAUUUUGGAGGGUUCGUUGGAGCUUUGUAUUCGGCAUCUCCUAGUUGAGUAUAUUCGGCAACGGAAAGCUUUCUCUCUCAGUACUCUCAAUGAGCGUAUCAAAACGUUCACGUAUGGUGUUGACCUCAAAAGCAAACCCAGUGAGCUAUCUACAAUCCACCCUGAUGUCGCACUGAAGCAGUCAGCAUCUCAGAUGUGGUGCUUGGGACGGAUUCUUCCGCUUUUGAUUGGGGACCUUGUUGAAGAAGAUGAUGAGAAUUGGGACAAAUUUCUCAAUCUCCUCACUAUCAUUGAUUUUGUGUUUGCUCCAUCCAUCACUCCUGACAAGGCUGACCUUGUUGCUGUUCUUGUUGAAGAUUUUCUUUUUGAAUUCAGGAAGCUUUAUCCAUCAAGAAACUUGACACCCAAGAUGCACUAUACUGUUCACAUACCGUCUUGGAUGAAGCUGUGUGGACCACUGUACAGGGUUUGGUGCAUGAGGUUUGAAGCAAAGCACAGCUUCUUGCUAUCAUACUCGGAAAUUUAAAGAAUUUACCAAAAACCCUCAGUGAGCGUCAUCAAGCUUUCAUGUGCUAUCAGCACUCUGACCGCAAAGGAUAUCUACGAUCACCGCCUAUGUACAGUAAAGGCAAAUCUGUGUACCCUGUUUCCCUCCCCUACCUGAAUGCCCUCCGAGAGUUCGAUCCACUUUUAGAUCUGAUGGCACCUGUUCAAAUAUGCUGAGGAGAGGGCGUACUUCCUCAAGACUCAGGCUGAGCGGAGACAGAGACACUUGAAGGGGAAAAAGCACAACCAGAUGAGCUCAGGUGAUCAAUAAGGCGCUGAGGAGAGGUCGUGGUUAUAAGGAAAUGAGAUACACUGAUAGGUCAGUUGAUAAGUCAUGUGACAAGUCAGGUGUCAAAUCCAGUGAACAUGUGCCUCCUGUGAAAAGCAAACGCGUCCACAUUAAGUUCUCUGAUAGUGACACUGAACAAUAAUCACUCCUCAUGCAUGCAUGCUUUGUAUGUACAUGCAAUAAUUAUGUCAUCAUUUAUUUUGAUGCAAUAACAACUGUUAAUUAUUAUCAAAAAUCAA